CGCGUUACCUGAGGGUGCUGAAGCUGCUGGACUCGCUCCGAACAGGGAAGAACAGUGCUGUCAGAUGACCACCAUUACCUAUAAAUUACCUGUAAAAAAAAAAAAAAAAAAAAGCCCUUAACAUGUUACAGCUGUGCAUGUUUAACAGCUGUGCUGCUUUGAGCUCGUGACAGGAUGUGUGCCAACAGUGGUGACACGGAAGCCUUCACUUUCACUGACUUUCAGUGAGGAGACUCAGGCUUCAGACUUCAUCAGCACAGCUCCUGCCUAAGCGAAGGCUGCUGAGGGCUCCGGGGUCCAGCCCCCGUGUGGACACACACCAUGAGGACUGCUUUACUCGGAAUAUUUAUUCUCCUGAAAGGAGCAAUUUGCGCGUUUGAGUACAACUUUAACGGCGUGAUCAGACACUUUGCUGUGGGAAACGGUAAGGUGUUUGUUGCUACAGACUCUCAGCUCCACCAGAUGCGGCACGAUCUAGUGGAGGAAAAGGUUAAAGACAUAUCAAACACCACGCACCCGAACGCAGUGAACAUCUUGUUGCCUUUCGAGGCGAACGGAACUCUGAUCACCUGCGGCACUUCAGACUGCGGCUACUGCGAGGUCCUGAACAUCACCGACAUAACCCGCACUAUCUACAGGGAGACUGACCUGCCGGUGGGACCGCAUGUGAACGAAUCAUCCGUUGCGUUCCUGGUUGAUUAUACUACAGGCAACAGUAAAGGCACGUACAUGUUGGUGGGGAGAGAGGAUCAUGAUAAAAAGCCGAAGUCAGGAGCGUGUGCAGUUGAUUCCGGUGUGUUAUUGCGCAACACUCUCCAAACUCAGCCAGGUGAAAUAUUUUCUAAAGGAAGCUCAGUUCCGACUGACGCCUACAUUAAAAUCCCUGAUGUUAAGUGGGUGGACGGUUUCCAGGUAUCCUCACAGUUUCAGUCCUACCUCUUCGCUAACAAUAUUUCAAGCGGCGAAACAAAAGUGUUUUUCUUAAAGAUGGAUAACCGAGAGAGAAAAACAGAAAUUACAAAAUCUCUGAAAGUUGCUGCUUUACACUGCUGUGAGGACCUAGAUCGCCAAAAACUUGUGUCCUCUGCCUUCAUCUGGUCUGACUCUUCUCUUUUAUGGAUGGGAAUAUUCACUGCAGAAAGUCCACACCACCCUGAGAACACUGCUCUGGCUAUUUACAACAUUACUGACAGCAGACCAGAGAAUCCUCCUGCACAAAUCACAUGUAACCCAUCAUGUGGCCAACAGGAUACAAGCGCUGUUGUAAACCCACUUGCUGUGGUGUUCAAACACAGUUCAAUGACAUCUGUGGCAGCAAAAAGGAAAGGUUCUUGGAUUGUGCUGUACAUUGGAACUGCAAAUGGCCAACUGAUAAAGCUUGUGCUGGACACAGAUUACAGAUCUGGCUGUGCAAAAGUGCUAUACAGAUCUGAUGAUGACAGGAUGGUGUUUCCCAAAAUGUACUUUGACCCAGUGGAACAUAAUUACAUCUACAUAGCUUUGAGAAAUCAGAUUAAACGUGUUGCAGUGACUCAGUGUGGUACGUAUGACACUUUUAGAACCUGCAUUGGCAGCAUGGACCCUUUCUGUGGCUGGUGUGGGGUCACAAACAGAUGCUGUAUGCAGGAGGAGUGUAAACAGUCACCUUGGAUCUCCAUUUCUAAAGACUCUAAAGAGCUGAUUUCCUUUCGGGUGGCUAUGAUCCCUGGACAGAUUAGUCUGAAUCUACACCUCCACCUGGACACCACAGAAAGUCUUCCCUUAACAUGUACAUUCAAGGCAGGAAUUGUGGAUCUGUGUAAUACGUCUGGGCCAGUUGCACAUGUUCCCAGUUGCUCCUGCAGUUUCCCUGAAAAGCACCUGUCUUCUGAUAGACUCAAAGUUACAGUGACAGUCACUAUCAGUAGUCAGACCUUCACAGAGAGCCUGACACUGAGGAGCUGCCCAAACAUCACAGAGAAUACGCCGUCAGAUGCUCAGUGUGUAGCCUGUGUCUCAGCUGGGUGUUAUUGGGACAGCAGUAGCAGGAAGUGUACCUGGAAUUCUGUAUCUGCACUGUACGUACACACACAGGACAUAUGCAAGGAGUCUUCCUCUGAGAGAAACUACAUGCCAGAGAUCCUGUCUCUAUGGCCUAAUGAAGUCUCCUUUCAUGGAAAAAACAAUGCAGUGAUAAAGGGGAAAAAUCUGGAACUGGUUGUGAAAAUUCGCUUCCAAGGUUUUAUGGACUGCAGUUUAAAGGAGACACCAGUGUUGGAGCGCUCUAAUGACACACUGAAGUUCCAUAUUCCCAGUGGAAACAAAGAAACCGUGAGGGUGUGUGUGGUGACAGCAGAUGGACGUUGUCAUAGUCAUGCCACUGUUACAUAUAGUUCGCUACCCACCUGUACUGAAUUGCGGCCUGGAGUCACCUGGUCCAGUGGUGAGAGGAAGAUUCUAGUGUUGGGGAGCCAUUUAGAGUUUGUGGAUGCAGUCACUAUUCUUACAUCUUCCAAAGAGAUCAUACUUAACUCAGACAACAAGACCUUUUGGUUUCACACUCAUAAUCAGAGAGAAUUGAGAGAUGCCGGGCCAUUCAGUGUCUCUCUUAGGGUGGGGAACUCAUCAGUGGACUGUGUAGGUAAUCUCUCUUACCAUCCAGACCCAGAAUUCACCAGCUUCACUACCUCUAACGUGGUCAAUGACGUGCUUGUCAACAUACAGAAAAAGGAAGACAAAUUGAAUUUGAGUGAAGAGGAUCUAAAGGUGUGGGGCUUACAGGAAGAAAAGCAGUUUGAGUGUAAAAUAGAGAAAGUUAAGUCCAGUGUUGUGAUCUGUAAGAUUUCAGGAGAAAAGGAAGGUGAAAUCAAAGUGGACUCACUCAGGAUUGGGCUUGGCAGUGUUACCAAAAUUGUACAGAUGGCACAUGAUGGAAUGAAGUAUCUGUAUACUCUUGUCGCAUUAAUCGUUUUGAUUCUUCUUGGUGCUGUUGCUGGAGUAUUUAUCCACCGUAAGAGCCAGCAGCAGAUGAAUGCACAAAUGAAUGAGCAUCUGGAAAUGCUGGAAAAUGACAUCAGAAAUGUGAUCAGACAAGGAUUUGUGGAUUUGCAGACAGAAAGUUCAGAUCUUGUUGAAAAUGUUGGCGCCAUUCCUUACCUAGAUUAUAAACAUUUUGCUUUGAAAAUAUUCUUUCCUGAGGGAGGGCCUUUAGCAAACCAGAUGAUCAAAGAAAUUGGCCAGGAUGCAGUGAAGGCAGAGAUGGAUGAGAGAUGCCAAGCUUUCUCUGCACUGAUUCGAGAUCAGACAUUCAUCACAUGCUUUGUCCGUGCUCUGGAGGAGCAGAAGAGCUUCGGCGUAAAGGACAAGUGUACAGUGGCAUCCCUGUUGACUGUAGCGCUGCAUAGUGACCUGCCAUACCUCACGCAGCUGAUGGAGAAGUUACUCCAGAGUCUAAUGGAUCAGCCCAGCAAUGCUCAGCCCAAACUCCUGCUGCGUCGUACAGAGUCUAUUGUAGAAAAACUUCUCACCAAUUGGAUGUCCAUCUGCCUCUAUGGCUUUCUUAGGGAGUCGGUUGGUCAGCCACUCUUUCUGAUGGUAUCAGCUCUAAAAGAGCAGAUUUCUAAAGGGCCAGUAGAUGCAGUGACUGAGAAAGCUGUGUACACACUGAAUGAAGACUGGCUCCUGUGGCAGGCUCAGGGCUUCAGCUUCAGCCUGCUGAAGCUGAAGGUGCUGUUUGCUGUGGGGACAGAGGGAGAAGUGAGUGAACCACUGGAAGUCAACGUUCUGACAUGUGAUACAAUAGAUCAGGUGAAGGACAAAAUCCUCCAGACCUUCCAGCACAAGUUUGGCUUCCGAUAUACUCAACAACUCAGAGACAUUGGCAUUGAAUAUAUAAAGGAAGGAAGUUAUGUGCCACUGGAGGAAAUAGAUGAAAGCUCAGAGGUGCAGGGGGAGGUGACUAUGCUGAACACACUGAAGCAUUAUGAAAUCCCAGAUGGAGCUUCCAUUAAAGUAAUCACCAAAAAGGUUCAUGCCCCUCUUAGUCCACAGACUAGUUUGAAAGAUGAUCAGAACUUCACUACAAAGUACUUCCACUUGAUUGACCCAGACAUCUACACAGACCAGAGCGAACACCCAGAGAGGAAGAAACUGAAGCUCAAAGAGAUUUAUCUCACCAAACUACUAUCCACUAAGGUGGCAGUGCACUCCUUUGUGGAGAUGCUCUUUCGGAGUAUCUGGGGAAUGCCCAACAACAGAGCUCCCUCAGCAGUGAAAUACUUCUUUGAUUUCCUCGAUUCACAAGCCGAGAAGAAAAAGAUCAUGGAUCCAGAUGUUCUUCACAUCUGGAAAACAAAUAGCCUGCCACUGCGCUUCUGGGUGAACAUUUUGAAGAACCCCAACUUUGUGUUUAGUGACCUCGAAAAGACACCUCACCUUGACGGCUGCCUGUCUGUAAUAGCUCAAGCCUUCAUGGACUCCUUCUCCCUCACAGACCAUCAGUUGGAUAAGCAUGCACCAACCAAUAAGCUUCUGUAUGCAAAAGACAUUCCUCAGUAUAAACAGGAAGUGAAGACAUACUACAAGCUGGUGAGGGAUCAGCCUCAGGUCAGCAGGCAGGACUUUAAAGUGUUCCUGCAAGAAGAGUCAAAGAAACAUGAGAAUGAAUUCAAUGAACCUGCAGCGCUGCGAGAGCUAUACAAGUACAUGGAGCGCAAUUUCAGUGAGAUUGAACAACUGUUAGAGCAAAAGGAUGCAUCCUGUGGACUGAAAGAGGAAAUGCAUCAUGUGAAGGAGCUUUUUGAAAGUGUGAAAAGGAGUGCAUGGAUCUAAGCCAGUGUGCCUUCAACACUCUGAAUAUAUUCCCUAUUGCCUUAAUCCUUGCCUGUCUUCUCUUGAGCAUCAUGUGCAGCGUGAGCCUGAGCAGCAAUACAUGAGGGGUUCAGUUUAAACUUGAAGCUUUGCACUGCGCUUUUUUCCUCUGGCUGUCGUCAAGAGCAGAAACACUAACAUGGAGGCCGGAGAAUGUCUUAAGUACAUACAGUGAAUGUGAUUGAUAAAAAAUAAUUUUCAUAUUAACAUAAUAAUGUCUCCCAGUACCCAAGUCCUAUCUUUUACCAUUAUAAAAGAAACCAGUGUGGUCCCAGAUAAGAAUCUCAGAGAAAAGGUUAUCAGCAUUAUAUUAACGAUUGUGUUAACCACAAGCUGAAAUGUGCUGGCAAUGCAAAAAUGUGUAAAGUGACUUUGGUCACUCGCCACUGUAAAAUAGUGUUUGUUUCAUUAUAGUACAUCAUAAGGCUCAAUAUUUUUCACCUCUGUAAUGCACUAAUGCUUUGUGUUAUUUCAUUUGUAUUUUAAAUUUUUGAUUCAUUAGGCUUUUGUGAGUGCAGAAGAUGAAUAAACAUGAUAACAAUAUACAUCCUA